AUGGUCACCCUCCGCGCGCCCUCCACCCUCCCCUCCACCGAAGCAUCCCCAACCAUUCCCCCUCCCGCCCUCUCCUGGCUCUCCGGUCCAUGGAACGUCACACACUCCACCCUCCCCAUGUGGAAAAAGAACCGCAACGUCGUCAUAACCUACACACCCAUCCCCUCCACCACGCCGCCCCAAAUCGACGACCUCGUAACCUACCAACCCCUCAACUCCACCUCUGUCAAGACUGUCAAGGGCGUCGACAAGCCCUUCUCCGUCCCCAACACCUCCACGAGUGUCGAGUCCGACCCCGCAAGCAUGGCGUAUAACUGGCGUGGCAAAGGUUGGCUGAUGAUUGCGAGUAGCAAGUGGGAGAUAUUGGGCUAUGGAGAAGAGGAGGGCACGGGGAAAUAG